AUGUCGAUGAUCACAGCGACAACGUGGGUGCCGCGCGGCUUUGCGGCGCCCUUUCCGGAGAAGUACCAGUUCGACGAGGACGAGUUUGAGCGCAUAUCGCAGCUGGCCAAGCUCCAGCUCGACGAUGCGAAGGAAGACCUUGAAGAGGCGCAAGCCGAGAAGAAGGAUAAGAGCAGUGGGAAAUCCAAGUCGAAGAACCACGACGACGACGACGACGACCUUGCCGAGUACGACCUCGAGCACUAUGACGACGAAGUCGACGAAGCUGCGGGCGACACUAUGGCCAUGUUUGGCAACGCCAACAAUCUGGUCUUCCAUGAGAACGACGAGGACGACCCGUACAUCACCAUGCAGGGCGCCGACGAAGAGGACGACGAGGAGAGGGAAGAGCUGCAGAUUCUCGCCACAGACAACCUGGUUCUGGCUGGUCGCAUAGAGGACGAGGUUGCGCAUUUGGAAGUCUACGUUUAUGAGGAUGCCGACGACAACCUCUAUGUGCACCACGACAUCAUGCUGCCGGCCAUUCCUCUCGCGGUCGAGUGGUUGGAUCUGGCUGUGGGCAAGUCGGCUGGGUCAGGUAACGGCAAAGGCAACACUGUCGCCAUUGGUACCAUGGAUCCUGAUAUUGAGCUCUGGAACUUGGACGUAGUCGACAGCAUGUACCCAGAUGCAGUUCUCGGGCAAGGCUCCGAGGACGCCGCAAACGCAGACAAGCCCAAGAAGAAGAAGAAGAAGUCGAAGAAGGCCAACGACAACUUCCACGUCGACUCGGUUCUGUCGCUUGCUGCCAACCGUCAACACAGGAAUCUGCUCGCUUCCUCAUCUGCCGACAAAACCGUCAAGCUGUGGGACCUGAAUACAACAAAGUGCGCAAAGUCGUAUACAUAUCACACAGACAAGGUGUGCUCCGUCGCAUGGCAUCCUGUCGAGUCCACGGUGCUUCUUAGCGGCAGUUACGAUCGCACAGUGGUCGCGGCCGACAUGCGAACACCCGAGGCAAAAGCACCGAGAUGGGGUGUCGAGAGCGAUGUUGAGACAGUCAGGUGGAACCCUCACGAUCCCAACUACUUCUACAUUUCCACCGAGAACGGCAUGAUCCACUAUCACGACACGCGCAUGGCGCCCGCAGACCCUUCGCAAUCGAAGCCUGCUUGGGUACUCCAGGCCCACGACGAGUCUAUCUCGUCUUUUGACAUCAACCCCAUCAUUCCCGGCUUCUUGGUGACAGGUUCGACUGACAAGCAAGUCAAGCUCUGGAACGUGCAGGAGAACGGGCCAAGCAUGGUGGUCUCACGAGACCUGGGUGUUGGCAGAGUGUUCUCGACGUCCUUUGCGCCAGACAAGGAAGUUGGGUUCCGCCUGGCUGUCGCAGGCAGCAAAGGUUCAGUCCAGAUCUGGGACACGAGCACCAACGCGGCGGUUCGCGCAGCGUUCGCUACCAAAGUGCCGCAGAUGAAGCCUGGUGCAAAGGAGAGGCUUGUGGGCUUGGAAGAGUCUGACACAGACUCGGAUACAGACGAGGGCGAGAGCGCCGACGAGGACGAGGGAGAGCAGGAGAAGGGCUGGGAGUCGAUGGAGGAGUAG